GUGUGUUCCAGUAGUAGGGUGUGUUGUUGCUGUGUUCCAGUAGUAGGGUGUGUUGUUUCUGUGUGUGUUCCAGUAGUAGGAUGUGUUGUUUCUGUGUGUGUUCCAGUAGUAGGGUGUGUUGUUGCUGUGUUCCAGUAGUAGGGUGUGUUGUUGCUGUGUUCCAGUAGUAGGAUGUGUUGUUGCUGUGUUCCAGUAGUAGGAUGUGUUGUUGCUGUGUUCCAGUAGUAGGAUGUGUUGUUGCUGUGUUCCAGUAUUAGGAUGUGUUGUUGCUGUGUUCCAGUAGUAGGAUGUGUUGUUGCUGUGUUCCAGUAUUAGGAUGUGUUGUUGCUGUGUUCCAGUAUUAGGAUGUGUUGUUGCUGUGUUCCAGUAUUAGGAUGUGUUGUUGCUGUGUUCCAGUAGUAGGGUGUGUUGUUUCUGUGUUCCAGUAGUAGGGUGUGUUGUUUCUGUGUUCCAGUAGUAGGAUGUGUUGUUUCUGUGUUCCAGUAAGAGGGUGUGUUGUUUCUGUGUUCCAGUAGUAGGAUGUGUUGUUUCUGUGUUCCAGUAGUAGGAUGUGUUGUUUCUGUGUUCCAGUAGUAGGAUGUGUUGUUUCUGUGUUCCAGUAGUAGGAUGUGUUGUUUCUGUGUUCCAGUAGUAGGAUGUGUUGUUUCUGUGUUCCAGGUUGGCCUUCCUUCUAUGACCUGGUGAAGGAGGAGUCAGUCACUGUAACAGACGAUUUCGCCUACGGGAUGCACAGAGUUGAGACCAGCUGUAGUCAGUGUGGUUCUCACCUCGGACACCUGUUUGAUGACGGCCCCAGACCCACAGGGAAACGAUACUGCAUCAACUCUGCCUCUCUGGGCUUCCAGUCCGCCUCAGCCUCUAGCCCACCCAGCAACGGAGCUGGGGCUGGGGCAGGAGCUGGGGCUGGGGCAGGAGCUGGGGCUGGAGCAGGAGCUGGGGCAGGGGCUGGGGCUGGGGAAGUAGCUGGGGCUGGGGCUGGAGCUGGGGCAGGAGCUGGGGCAGGGGCUGGGGCUGGGGAAGUAGCUGGGGCAGGAGCUGGGGCUGGGGCUGGGCCAGGUGGUGCGGUCGGGGGCAAGACUGAGCUCUGAGUAAAAGGUCUCCUUGGUCUUGGACAGAUUUCAGGAAUACAGGAAGUACAGGCACGGUCACUCACUCCUUAUCCAAACUGGUGGCCUAGGUCCUGGUCGAAAUGUUACGAACAGAACAGAGAACAGCUGGAGAAUAUAGGUUACACAGAACCCGAAAAACAGUCAGCCAACUAGGUUACACAGAACCCAAAAACAGUUAGCCAACUAGGUUACACAGAACCCGAAAACAGUUAGCCAACUAGGUUACACAGAACCCGAAAACAGUCAGCCAACUACAGUCAGCUCAAUAAGGGGCCAUCAGCACCCUUUAGAAACAUGUGGAACAUGAUGCAUCUUCUGUGGCCAUGUAGGUUACACACAGUCAAAUACAGUCGGUCAAAUACAGUCGGUCAAAUACAGUCGGUCAAACACAGUCGGUCAAACACAGUCGGUCAAACACAGUCGGUCAAACACAGUCGGUCAAACACAGUCGGUCAAACACAGUCGGUCAAACGCAGUCGGUCAAACGCAGUCUGUCAAACGCAGUCUGUCAAACGCAGUCUGUCAAACGCAGUCUGUCAAACGCAGUCUGUCAAACGCAGUCUGUCAAACGCAGUCUGUCAAACGCAGUCUGUCAAACGCAGUCUGUCAAACGCAGUCUGUCAAACGCAGUCUGUCAAACGCAGUCUGUCAAACGCAGUCUGUCAAACGCAGUCUGUCAAACACAGUCAGUCAAACACAGUCAGUCAAACACAGUCAGUCAAACGCAAUCUGUCAAACGCAGUCUGUCAAACAGUCAGUCAAACGCAGUCUGUCAAACAGUCAGUCAAACACAGUCAGUCAAACACAGUCUGUCAAACAGUCAGUCAAACACAGUCGGUCGAAUGACCCCAGUGACCAUGUACCAAGCUGGCCCACCACUGGCUACCAGCCUUAAUAAAUAGACCUCUACUGUACUAUACAACUGUCUGAGGAGGAUUGGAUGCAGUUCCACGUUGCUCACAUUGCUUUUGACCGUUUACAAGUUUAGAUCACAUUUUAAAGUAUAUAUAUCAACUGUUAUAUAUUUUUCUUUCUAGUAUAUUUUAAACUUUAUGCUUUUUUGGGGGUGGAAAAGUGAAUGAAUUAUAUAUUAUUAUGAUUGUGUGGACUUGACUUUGAAGAACAAUGUGUGUUGUUUAAAAACUAAAUAAAAAGUGAUAUUUGAUAGAG